GUGACGCUGGGCAGCAGAACAGUUGUAGAGGUGGAUGAGGUGGAUGACCUUUCCCAGCUGGACCUGCCAAAGCUGUUUUCACACGUCCUCAGAGAGGUGUCUGAGAGCUCCGUGCUUCUGAAUCUGAAGAAGAGGUUCCAGCGGGACUGCAUUUAUACUUACAUCGGGAACAUGCUUCUGUCUGUUAACCCCUUCAAGCCCCUCAACAUUUACACAGAGGAGUUCAGGCAGAAAUACGAAGCCAAAGAACAGCAUGAAAACACACCGCAUGUGUAUUCCAUAGCGGACUCAGCCUUUCAGCGCUCCCAGACCUCCACUCAGGAGCAGUGCAUCAUCAUCAGGUACCAGCAGAAGCCUCACGUCAGUCAUCUCCUGCUAGUGUCAGGAAAACUGGACGUUUGUGAGGAACAGCUGCUGUCCAUCAACUCUGAACUCUGUAGAUGGACACAAGGAGCUCUUCUUUUCAUUCUGAGGGUGACACUUUUACUCUUCUGUUGGUAG